GCCAUGUUCAAGCAAUCGUAAAUAUUGCAGUGCAUCACUGUCUUAGACCUAGACUGAUCAACGAAACAUUCAUGAAUGCAAAUGUUUCGUACGUAAUCGACACACGUCAACAGCCGGCACAGACUGAUUCAAUUUUGUGUGUACUGUACGUGUACGUGCUGUAUGCCAUCUCCAUUAUGCUUCAAAUACUUAGAUAAAGGCCGUCUGCUCUUCCUUCCUCCAUAAUUUGACAGAAUUUACGUACGCUGAUGAGAGACCAAGCCGCGUUACAUGUUCAAUGAUUUGCUGCAAGCGGUAUUUGACUGGACAGGGAACUAGCCAAGGACACUGCGUAAUAGCUGUGACACAAAACAGCUGUCAUUUUCCCUGACUACAUGGAUCGACAGAAUCUAAUUUUUACUCCUGGAAUUUUCAUGUCUUCAUUUCAUGACCUAAUGGGCCAGUAGUCAAGUUGAUACUGACCAUGGGGUUCUUUCAUCAGCUGCGUGUCCUUCUCUGGAAAAAUUUUGUCUUGAAGAGGAGGAGCUUGUUGACAGUGACAUUUGAAACUCUUAUCCCUUUGGUGCUCUUUGUUAUCCUCAUUUUUAUCAGAAAGCAACAACCCUCAAAGCAUGUUGGUCAAACUUACUUUACUGCAAUGCCAUUGCCAUCAUCUGGCAUCAUACCUGUGCUGCAAACUUUCUGUCCGUCAUUUGAAAGGGAUCCUUUUGGAUUCCCAGAUCAUCCUAACUCAGGUGUGGAACAGUUCUUGAACCGUCUCGACAAGGUUGUGCGAGAAAAUAAACUAUUUACUGAUGACUUUUCUCUGGAGCAUGUUGCUGUUGAGCUUGAUGCUUUCCACAAUUUGAUUAAUGAUAAAGGUUCCAUUGAGCAGCACUUCGCUCUUGGAGAAGAUUUCAGUCUGGAUGACAUGGUGAGAAAUAACAGUGUACUGGAGACAUAUUUUGUGAACAACAUGAGUGUGCCAAGGUCAGAUGCACAUCAGAUCAUGCACAAUGAACUCAAUCUGACAGAGAUUUUCCACUUGCUUUAUGGAUACCACCCAAAGCCAGUCAUGCCAGUUGAAUCUGAAAGUAUGCUGAAUGCAACCAAUGCCACUUCUCCAUCCCAGAAUGCCUCAGACUUUACAACCUUCCUGAAAAAUCGUUUAAGUAGUCAGUGUUGUGGAGCUGUCUUUCAACAUCUUCCCGAUGAGGAAUUAUUUAGCUUCAAUGGAUUGCUUGGUCUGUUGACUUUACAGCCAGUGGUAUUACUUUCUGCAUUAAGAUAUGACCAAGACUUGAACUAUUCAGCAGGUGUAACAGAUGGAGAUGCUUUGAAAUUGAGCCUGGAGUAUAUGAACUCCCUGCUUUCUCCAACUGAACUUCAAGCAAUCACAUGUAAUAAGAAGAGCAUUCUAUCAGUCUAUGACACAGAAAAUAGUCAUCUCAAUAGUUCUGGGUAUGUAAUUGGUGACCUAUGCAACAGACAAGAUGCACCUGAUAUAUUUAAGGGGCUUUCUGCCGUGUUGAAAGAUCAGUUAGACAUAGCUGCUUUACUUCACAAGUUGAAUAUAUCAGACGAUGACCUCGCAGCAACCCGAGACAAAGCAUUAGCUGUUGUCAAGGAGCUUGACAAGUUUGUGAAGUUUCAGGAGACACUGAAUGAUCUGUAUAAUUUUGCUUUGGACUUGCCUGGGGAUAACUGCCCUGAAGAUGUAGAACCUACUUCAGAUACCUUCCCAUCGUCAUCAGUACCACCUACACGAUCUUCAUCAUCAUCAUCACCUUCGUCACGUUUCCCAACAACUCCACACAUGUCCUGGCUUGAUUGGAAUUCCUACCUUGAUAAUGGUAAAGAUGAAGGCAAUUUCUCUGGUUUUCCUGAUGAUGAUGGAUACAACAUUUCCAGCACCAUGGCAACAACAUUACAACCAGUAACCGACACCAUUGACAAGGGAGAGGCUAAACCUGAACUGGAUGAAAAGUCAAAGAGGCUAGCUCAGCUUUACAAAUUAUGGGCCAAAAUGCAGUAUGGCCUAUGUGGACAGGAACUAAAAGUCAAUGAUGAAGGUUUAGCUAGAGGGGACAUCAAGGCUUUACAUCUGACUAGACAUCAGAAAAAGAGUCUGGGAUUAUUGCUUCAUGUCUUGUUCAGCAAUCCCAGAAUCCUAUAUGCUCCAAAUACUACAGAUGUGAAUGAGCUGAUUGACAAGGCAAGUGACAUGGUCCACCUGAUGCAGAAUAUAACACAUUAUGCACGUCUCUGGCGUAACAUAUCGCAAGAGAUUCGUGAUUAUAUGCAUAUGGACACCACUCAACUUGUGUUAAGUUGGCUUGGUCAGAUGGAGGACAGCUUUUCUGAUCACCCAUUGCUCUUCCAAAACAUCACCAAGAUGACUUCACCAGACCUUCAAGAUCUGAUCCUUAACCACACCUACAUCAACACAACAAGUAUUGAACACAGACUGGAUGUCAUAGAUAAUGCUGCAUGCGGAUGGUUGAAUCUAGCUGGUGAUGUAGACUUCAACGUAUAUCGUCCAUUUGAAGAUGAAGAGUCCUUGAUUGAUUAUAUCCUGAAUGAUGCUCUACAUGACAAUGUGACAGUGUUUGCCAGUCUGAUAUUUGAAGUGGAUGAGGAAGGCAAUCUUCCACCUCAUAUUGUGUACAAGAUUCGUCAGAACACAUCUCUGACUGACCGAACGGAUUUAAUUCGCCGUCGUUUCUGGGCUCCUGGAUCCAAUCAUAAAUCGACGCUAGGUUACUACACUUAUGGUUUUGUCUGGAUUCAAGAUAUCAUCGAGAGAGCUAUCAUUAAUAAAUGGGUUGGAAGGAGAGUCAUUGAACCAGGAAGCUACAUGCAGGAAUUCCCCUACCCAUGCUUCAUCAGCGACAACUUUAUGUUCAUGAUUGAACACAUCAUGCCAAUGAUGUUGAUUGUCUCCUGGGUCUACUAUGUGGCUAUGUUUACACAGAGUAUUGUGUAUGAGAAGGAAGUCAGACUCAAAGAGGUGAUGAAGAUGAUGGGUUUGAGUAAUGCGGUCCACUGGGUAGCUUGGUUCAUUGUUGGCUUUAGUCAGAUGUCACUCACCAUUGUAGCGUUAAUCUGCAUCUUGCGAUAUGGUGAAAUACUCAUCCAUAGUGACCCAGUCAUUGUAUGGCUAACACUCACUAUCUUUGCUAUGGCAACCAUUUGUUUCUGUUUUCUGGUGAGUGUGCUGUUUUCCAAAGCCAAACUAGCAGCAGCUUGUGCUGGUAUCAUAUACUUCACCAGCUAUGUGCCUUGUCUCUAUAUUGCUAUCAGAGAAGAGAGUUUAGCCGCUGUGGAUAUAUCCAGCUCCUUGAAAACCAUGGUGUCGAUUCUCUCUACUACUGCAUUUGGAUUGGGCGCUCGUUACUUUGCCCUGUUUGAGGAAAACGGUGUUGGAAUCCAGUGGAACAACAUUAGUCAAAGUCCUGUGGAACAUGAUUCCUUCAAUCUGCUGCGUGUGAUUAUAAUGAUGUUGCUUGAUACAGUUGUGUACUGUCUAUUGACAUGGUACAUUGAAGGAGUCCAUCCAGGUUCCUAUGGUUUGCCUCGGCCGUGGUACUUUCCUUUUCAGCGUUCGUAUUGGUUGGGACAUCGUCCUGGCGAUACUGAUCAAUCCACCUGCUGUGAUUGCUGUGUUUGUUGCAACAGAAGUUGUCCUACCCCAUUGUCCAUGGCAGAGGAGAAUCAAGCAUCUGCUAUGCACAGCAACAUGAACAGUGCCUACAUGGAACCAGAUCCCACGCAUCUACCAUUAGGGGUCAGCAUUGAAAAGCUUAGUAAGGUGUACCAAGUAGGCGGAAAGCUGGCAGUGAAUAAGCUGAGCUUAAAGUUCUAUGAAGGACAGAUAACAUCGUUUCUUGGCCACAAUGGAGCUGGGAAAACAACAACCAUUUCCAUGUUGACUGGUCUUUUCCCACCUACGUCAGGCACAGCUCAUAUAUAUGGCUGUGACAUCCGUUCUGACAUGACAACAAUACGUAAAAGCCUUGGCAUGUGCCCUCAGCAUAAUGCUCUCUUUGACAGACUAACAGUAGAGGAGCACAUCUGGUUUUAUUGCCUACUAAAAGGAGUUCCAAGCUCACUCAUCAAGUCUGAAAUGACCAAGAUGAUCAUGGACAUUGGUUUGUUGAAAAAACGCAAUAGCUCUGUCAACACUCUGUCAGGUGGAAUGCAGCGUAAGCUAUCUGUUGCUAUAGCAUUUGUUGGUGGAUCUCGAACAGUGAUACUUGAUGAACCGACUGCAGGAGUCGAUCCAUGUGCUCGUCGAGCUAUUUGGGAGCUACUCAUUAAGUACAAGCAAGGUCGGACGAUUAUCCUGUGCACCCAUCACAUGGAUGAAGCUGACAUUCUUGGUGAUAGAAUUGCCAUCUUGUCUAACGGUCAACUCAAGUGUAUUGGUUCCUCGUUGUUUCUCAAGGCAACAUUUGGUGAUGGGUACCAGUUAACUCUAAUCAAGAAGCCUGCUUCACUGGUUGAGAACUGUAACCAUUCAAGCUCAUCACAAACACUUGAAGAAACAACACAACAGUCUCAAAGAAAUGACUCCUUUGUAACCAACUGCCGUGCUGAAGAUGUUACCGGAUUUAUCCGUCAGCAUGUUACCAGAGCUACACUUUCCUCUGAGACUUUGAGAGAGCUGACUUACACGCUACCUGUAGAGGCCAUGGGGAAAGGAACCUUGGAAGGCUUAUUUGAAGAUUUGACAGAAGAGAAAUUGGAAUCUUUAAACCUGUCAGGAUAUGGGUUAAUGGAUUCCUCUUUGGAAGAAGUCUUCUUGAAGGUAGCUGACAAGUAUGGGGUGAACAAAACUGAUGGAGAAUCAUUAUCUGAUUACUCCACGGAGAACUAUCCCCUCCCGACACAACCAUCUACAACUACUACACCUGAAGUAGAAGUGGAACUGUCCAAUGUUGGUGUGUUGAACAGCAGCAGCAGCACUGUAUCAGGUGAAGUCUCCACAGGACAGGUCCAUUCACAGACAAGGGGAGGUUACAGUGCACUCCCACAGGAGGAACAACAAAACACAUGCACUGAUCACUUAGAGGGAACCAGUUCCUAUUUAUUAACUGGUAUUUUGCUUCAACUCAGCCAGUUUCAAGCUUUGAUGAUCAAACGUUUCCACUACACAAGACAUAACUGCAAGAGUCUCUUCACACAACUUAUCCUGCCAGCAUUCUUUGUUUGUAUUGCAAUGAGUGUCGCUCUCUCAGCUCCUAAAGUGGGCAACUUUCCUCCACUAGUCCUGACACCAUCACAGUACCACCCUUUGACCUAUCCUGAUAAUACAUAUUCAGUAUAUGCAAAUGAAGCUUUGAAUAAUCGGAGGACUUAUCAUAUCUACCGCUCUGUCGAUGGGGAUGCUGAUCCAACACAGUUGACAUCCACUUUCAGAUACCCUGCUGGCAUUGGAGCAAGUUGUGUUCUCAAAACACCUUGGAAUGGCACAUUGGAUAGACUUGUCCAAUCCAACAACUACUCAUCCAGUGUCAAUCUUAGAGGCAAAUACUUUGAUAGAAUGUGUGAGGAAUCCUUUAAGAAAGGAGAACCAUUGUCAAACUAUGUGCCUGAGAUUCCUCAUGAGCCACCACCACCUGAGGAGGCAGAGUUCGAUGAUGGUGGUGCAACUUCUGAGAAACCUGCAGGUACGACUUACAUCAAAGAGAAGACAUGCAGAUGUUCAGCAGAUGGCAACAGUUUUAUCUGUCCGCCAAAUGUUGGCUUGCCAGAACCAGAUAAACUAAAAGUUAUCACUAGUGAUAUACUUCUGGAUAUUAGCGGAAGGAACGUAUCAGAAUAUCUCCUGUAUACCACAGAUAAAUUCCGACUGAAAAGGUAUGGAGGUACUUCCUUCGGGAAUGUUCGGACUUUUGUACCAGCAAAGUAUGGAAACAUCGUUCCUGAUACAUACCGCUCAAUUGCAGUCAGAAAUGCUGCAAUCGCUUGGUUCAGUCAUAAGGGAUACCACUCUCCACCUACUUUUGUCAAUGUCCUGAACAAUGCUAUCCUGAGAGCGAACCUUGACCCUGAUAUCCAUGGCAACCCAUCGGCGUAUGGAAUUACAGUUAUCAAUCAUCCAGUCAACAAGACGGGAUGGCAGCUAGAAGAUGAAUUUGUUACUCGUCAGUCAACCAAUGUUCUGAUUGCCAUCUUCAUCAUUGUUGCCAUGUCAUUUGUGCCUGCUGGUUUUGUGGUUUUCUUGGUUAUUGAACGUUCUACAAAAGCCAAGCAUCUUCAAUAUGUGAGUGGAAUGAGACCAGUUGUCUAUUGGGCAUCCAACUUCAUCUGGGAUAUGAUGGCCUACUUAUUGCCAGCAACAUGUUGUGUACUGAUCCUGAUAUUAUUUGACGUGCCUGCAUAUUCUUCUCAUACUAACCUGCCUGGAGUCAUCACACUCUUUCUCCUGUAUGGGUUUUCCAUGACGCCCAUCAUGUACCCAGCAUCUUUCUUAUUCUCCGAGUCCAGUUCAGCUUAUGUGACUCUAAUUGUCUUGAAUCUCUUCACGGGAGUAACAUCAUUAAUUACCACCUUCAUCCUUGAAAUCUUCAACAAUGAUGAGGAUUUAGCAAGUCUUUACACCCAACUGGACAAACUGUUCCUACUGUUUCCUAACUACUGUCUUGGAAAAGCACUCAUGGAUCUGUCCUUCAAUGAGUAUAUGAAUGAAUACUACUACAUGAUAGGAAUGGAGGAUGAAAUGCAGAGCCCUUAUCAGUGGGAGUUGUUGUAUCGUAUCUUUGUGAUCAUGGGAUGUGAAGGAAUUGUUGCGUUCAUCUUUACAUUGCUCUGUGAAUGUCGUUUCUUUAUCAAACCAAGACGGAAGAAGUCCUCCAACUGUUCUUUGAUGGAUGAUUCAGAAAUUGAUGAAGAUGUCAAGGAAGAGAAAGAGAGAGUCUUGUUUGGCCUAGCCAAGAAUGAUGUGCUGUGCAUCAAAAACCUGUCCAAGAUGUACAAGACGAAACGUUUUGGAUCUCAUCUUGCUGUUGAUAAACUCUGUCUUGGUGUCCCCCAAGGAGAGUGUUUUGGCUUGCUUGGUGUGAAUGGAGCUGGGAAGACAACUACCUUCAAGAUGUUGACAGGGGAUGAAUCCAUCACUGAAGGAGAUGCAUACGUAAAUGGACACAGUGUGUAUAAGGACAUGCUGAAGGUACAACGCUUAAUUGGUUAUUGUCCCCAGUUUGAUGCAUUAUUUGAUGAAUUGACGGCAAGAGAACACCUGACAUUGUAUGCUAGGCUCAAAGGCAUUCCAACAAGGCAACAGAAGAAGGUUGUUGACUGGGCUGUGCGUCGAGUAGCUCUUACUCAGUAUGCUAACAAGCCAGCUGGAUCCUACAGUGGAGGAAAUAAACGCAAACUGUCAACAGCUAUAGCACUGCUUGGUCAUCCACCAGUAAUUUUCAUGGAUGAACCAACAACUGGCAUGGAUCCACAUUCUCGACGAUUUCUGUGGGAUUUGAUUCGUUCAAUCACCCAAGAAGGAAGAUCAGUCAUCCUUACUUCUCACAGUAUGGAGGAAUGUGAGGUCCUAUGUACUCGUCUAGCUAUCAUGGUUAACAGCAACCUUCAGUGUCUCGGCAGUGCUCAGCAUCUGAGGAACAAAUUUGGAGAUGGGUACUAUAUCACUAUCAGGGUCAGAGGUCAAGAACCUGACCUUCGACCUGUUAGCAGAUUCUUCAGUCACACCUUCCCUUAUGCUGUGCUGAAAGAGGAACAUUACAGCAUUCUACAGUAUGAGAUCCCACUGGAGCAUGUGUCUCUCAAGGAUUUGUUUGGCCAACUUCAGGAUGUUCAGGAAUCACUUCAGAUCGAAGAUUACUCCAUCAGUCAGAUGACUCUAGAUAACGUAUUUGUGAACUUUGCCAAGCAACAGUUAGAGAAACAAGAAGUUCUCAACUCAGCUAGUCACAAAAGAAGAAAGCAGCGUAAACUGAUGAAACUCCAAAAAGCCAAGAUGGAACCUCUGUUACUGGAUGAUGAGUUUGAUACGAGUUUAAACACAAAGAGUGUAAUGCCCUUGUCAACAAAAGGGAUUAAGAAACAAUUCCCUAAACCCUGGAAACUGUUUAAGAGAGGAUCAUGCAGGGUCUAUGAUGAAGCACCAGCAUGGUUCGAAGAUGAAGAAUACAUCGAUGAAGAGUCUGAUGAUGAGCCAUUACUUGAUUUAAGGUGUAGUGAUCAAGAGCCAAGCAAGAAAUACUGUGAGAAGUAUAGUGAUGGAGAUGAGCCAUUGCUAGAUUUAAGCAGUGCCGAUGACAAAGAGGGCAAAAGAAAGGAUGACAGACAUGUGUCUCAUGGUCUCCAUGAUGAUGAUGAGCCACUGAUACUGGAAGACAAUGAUGAAUCUAAGCCCCUCCAUACGAGUCAUUCGACAUCCAGUUCACUCUGGUAUGAUAAACAUUCGAAUGGUCUUCACCAAUUUGAUCCCAACAAGGAGAUAUUCCUUCAGGACUGUGAUGAUGAUGUCCUCUUUCCGUUAGAUGAAACCACAGUUAGAUUAUCCCUGAUGGACUUGGAGUGAUAGACUUGUUCCAGUCUUACAACAACAUGUACAUGUACUCUUAACAAACCAAAUAGCUGCACAUUGUUACUGACUGUGUGUGUGAGAUGUACUUCAGUUUUUUCAUGAAAUAUUAGUUCUCAAAAUGUCUUGCGGCAGUGUUCAUAUUGUUAAUGCAGCUUUUGCCAACUGCCAGGAAUUAGCAGCAAUUAGUAAAGUGAUGUUUUUGUAGCACAGAGUAUGUUAUUUAUAAUACGCUCAUUCCUCCUGGAUUAGGAUUGCGUACCAGUAUUGUUUUAUCUGAACAAAGACGAUUAUCUUGAUGUAAAAGGCUAAGGGCUGUUUUUCUGAAGUAACAUUACGUUUUUAGAUCAUAUUUACAAUAUGGACUUUUAAAAGACCGUGUUCUCAAUUGUGAGGCCAAUUGUGAAAUCAGAGUUUAUAAAAAAAACGAGCGCAAAAGUUGUCUACUUUCUGAUGAAAAUUAAAACGUUAUUUACAUUUUUAGUGUAAUGAAGUGUAAACUAAAAAUUACAAAAUAUGUUUUUGAUUGUCAGUAUAAUAAAGAAAAUCUUGUUCAAAAUAGUGAAUAAGACAAGUGUUUUAAGUUAACGAGCAAUGGCAUAUUUAAUAAAUGGGACGGUAACAGAAUGGUGUUUGUCAGUAUUUUUGUAUACAAAUUACAGGUGAGAAUUCAAUUAACUUGUAAAUUAUUGUAAUUUAAAUGAAUUCUUCAUUAACAUAAAUUCAACACAUUCAAUGAUUAGCACAGUAUUAACAAAUUGGCGUUUGUGUGCAUUUCAUGUAUGUUGGUUAACAAAUUUGUGCUUUUUGAUUUGUCUCGGGCAUUUUCCAUUUUAAAAAAAUAUUUAUUUGAAAAGGUAUAUUCAGUGCUGCUGUCUUCCGUUUGCUUCCUUAUUGGAAGAUUUGUACAGUUUGAUCUUUAUUUCAUAUUUGCACAUAUUGAUCUUACAAUUAUAGUGAUAACUGUAAGUGUGUCUGGCUUUAAUUCAAAAUCUUUUCAAUUGUGAUGAAUUUUUAGCACUUGGAGAAGAGAAGUACUGUAACCCCUUUCCUUCAUCACCGUCUGUCUUGCGAGGCACCACUCUAAAAGAAAAUAAAAAUAAAAAUUAAAAAGAACAAAAGAAAAGUGAAAGAAAGAGGACAAGGGAUGGAAAGAACCUAUUGGUUGAAAUACCUAUAUUUCCUAGGAGACUUCUUUCUACUCUUAAGGAUUUGUCAGCUUGCUGCUGAUGAAUGCUUCCUCCCAUGGAAAAAAAAGAUGACGUCCAUGUUUAUUCUCAAACCAUUAAAAAAUAGCAAUACAAGUAGUCGAAACCCUGCUUCAUAUAUUUGCCCCAACCUUCCAGGUAAUCGUAGUUUUUAAGCCUCCAAUGAACAUUUGUAGAUGGUGAAAUCUUGUCUUAGUGACUGUUUUAUGGUAUAAGCAAAAGUAUGGAUUGUGCUCCUUAAUUUUGUCAAAAGAUAGGCGAUAACAAUUAGUUUUGGUUAUUCAUUCUCCUGUAUUUAUUUCUUGAAUGGCAUUUUAGACAUUGAAUAUUUCUAAACAUUUUCAGAAAUUCAUUAUUUUAAUAAUUUACCUUUUCCCCUUAUUAAAGAAUUACAUCUUAAAGUUAAUAGAAAAAGCGACAAUAUUUAGGCAAAAGUUUAUUUUAAUUUUACUCACGCUUAGUUGUUGAACAGUUUCCAAUGUUUUAUUUGGCUUAUACUCCUACUUACAAAUUUAAUUACAUUUGAGCUAUGUAAGCAUACUCUUUUCGGAUUGCAGAACUUACAACAUCUACAUGGGUAUUGCAUAAUCAUGAUUUUUUAUUGAAGAUGAAAGUCUCGAGGUUUUUUUAAAUUCCAGUCGUGUUGUAGAUGUGUCUCAUUUGAUUUGUAACGGACCUGAUUGGUGAGAUGUUGUGGAAGCAAUCGAUGGAGGAUCAAGUAGGGUGGAUGUGUGGGCCUAAGUUUUUAUUGUUGGCUGCAUUUACAGUAUCGAUAGCUUUGUGAAUAUUAAUCUUUCAGAAGAGAAACGUGAUUUAUUGUCAGUACAUGUACGAGUAUCACCAUGUGUAACGUGGAGCAUGGCCAGGUGACCGUCGGAAAGUUUUGAAAGAUGCCGUUUGUUCUCAAUUUAGAAUGUGAAAUUGUUCUGUCUGAAAUUAAUAUUUUAAGGCCUAAUUAAACGGUGUGCCCUGUUCCUUAUUUGCCAAGUUA